CAAGGCUGCGUUGCAUUCAUUCCACCCUGUUUGCCUGUGUCGUCUUUCCUCGCUCGGUUUCGACUGUUGUUUGUGUAUUCCCACGCGCACACAGCUUCCACCGUCAUCAUGCCCAAGGACGCACCUCUCCCCGCCGCCCCUUCCGGCGCACAGCAGCCUGCGGAGGCCUUUGACAUGGUCUUCCACUGCCAGCUUGCCCACGGCUCCCCCACAAAGCAGAUUCGCGACUUCACCAACGUCAAGCAGCUCUACGAAGCCAUUGCCAAGGCGUUUGGUCUCUCCACAGGCGACAUUCUGUACUGCACACUGAACACGCACAAGGUCGACAUGACGCGGCUGCUCGGCGGCCAGAUUGGCUUGGACGACUUUCUGUUUGCACACGUCAAGGGCCAGAGCAAACCCGUCAAGGUCGUCAAGGACGGCCCCGCGCUCGGCCUCACCAUCUCCGACAACGGCGCCGGCUACGCCUUUAUCAAGAAGAUCCGCGACGACAGCAUCAUGUCCCGCGUGAACGACGUCAACGUUGGCGACCACAUCUCCAACAUCAACGGCACAGACCUCACCGGCUGCCGCCAUUUUGAGGUUGCACGCAUGCUCAAGGAGAUCCCCAUUGGCUCCGAGUUCACCCUGACCGUUGUUGAGCCCAAGAAGGCGUUCGAUGAGGUUGCGGGCAUGAAGCCCCGCGGGCAGGCCUCUGGCACUGGCGAGGUGAAGGCCGGCGCCGGCAAGAAGACGCUGCGCAUGAAGCGCGAUGGCAACGCCGUCGUCGAGGACGUGCCAACGGAUGCUGUUGUUGAGGUUGUGAACAAGAUUGAUGAUCUUCUUGAGAACUUUGUUGGCAUUAAGGACCAGGAGCUGUCCACCACCAUCUACGACCUUGCCAAGGCGUCCAAGGAGGCUGACCUCUUUGCUGGCCAGCUCGACGAGCAGCUUGCAGACUUUGAGUUCCCUGACGACUUUGUCCUCGACGUGUUCGAGAUGGUCCACAAGUAAGCAAGCACUCGGCUUGUCUGAUGGUGCUGACCUAACAACUACCCAACCGGUGGCCUUCCCCUUCUUCCUCUCCUCUUGCCCCUUUUCCUCUUCCUUGUGUUCCUCCCCCCAACGUCCCCAAAUCACUUCUCCUCUUCCUCCCUCCUCCUCUCCCCCUUCCUGUUCGCCCUUCGCUCUCUUUGAAUCGUAUGUGUCGUAGUGCGGCGUGUGCGCAUCAUGUUGCUCGGUUGUUGGUCUUGUGUGCUGUGUGAGUUGUGACUAGCACCUUUCGUCCUGUGCGGAGUGCCGUCGUGCGUAUGUGACAUGAUGUUUCUGAGCAAUACAAGCACAAACAGAC